AUGAAAAGACAAUUCGCAUUAAGCAGUCUAUUUGCCAUCAUUUUCUUAGUCAUAGUCUCACACGGUCAGGAUUUGCCUGGCGCCAACAUUGACUUAGGCGAUUAUGAUGAUUCUACUCCUGUUGUUAAGACAACCGUUCCAGUAAAACUCAACGAUGAUACUAAUAAUAGUACGAGUGCCACUACUGAAAGUACCGCAGCACCAUCAUCAAUAACUUCGGCCACAACAACAACAGUCGAUGUGACCAACAGUACGGCAACGACAACAUUGUCAAGCACAACAGCAACAGAGAGUCAAACAACAAAUUCAACAGUAGCUUCAUCGUCGUCUUCGACGGCAACCACGACUGCUACUGCAACCGCAACUACUGUCACUACUGCAACAACAACUACAACUAGUACUGAAACUACAACUACUACACAAGCGCCAACAACGGCAACCCCAGGUCGAAAAUUUGAUGGUCUUUCGUUUAUGGGCGGAAUGAUUCUUGUCGUCGGUCUUGGUGCAUUGAUUUACCUCGUUGUUCGUUAUUUACGGCGCAAUAAUCGUUUACCAUAUUCGAAUUUACGCUAA